AUGGCGAGAGGCGGCUCCUCCUCUUCUAAGAAGCGACAGCGUAAGCGCAGGCCAUACGAGGACAAGAGCAAGGUCAUCGCCUCUUUCGGUUGCUUUGACACGGAGGCAGCAUUCGAGGAAUGGCGGCAAUCAUCGUUUGUUAAGCCGUAUUGGGAUAUCUUUGUCAGCAAGUUUCUCAACACCGACCUCUUCAGGCCUGGAAAGAAAGUCGCCGACUUCGACAAUCUGUAUGCCUGGAUCAGAGAAGGAGAGAAAAACGGUCGCAGGAGGUUUGACAAGGAGUCACGUUUCCCCGAGUACGAGGAUGAGAUUGAUUGGCAUGCCUGGCUGACACACUGGCUUGUUAAAGAAAACAAGGUCGAUCGUGAAGGGUGUUUCUACGGCUCGCGCUUGGAGAACAAGACGUUGACCCAAACAGCAUACCAUUAUGUUUUGUUUGCGAAGCGAGAGCGCGCCAGAGGAUCCAAGACCACCACUAAAUCGCAGAAGAAGAAGUCAAAGACAAGCGCCGCACGAUCCGCCAAACCUCAAUCAGAUCAGUCCGACGCUGAGUCCGACGCUGAGCCCGACGCUGAGCCCGACGCUGAGCAGCCUGAUCCACAGCUUGGUAUGGCUGUCGUUAAGUGGACCAAAGGUCAGCCUUCCGAUCUGCCAUCCAACGCCGCCACCACCACAACUGUCGUUGAGUCAUUCUGUGGCUACAGCUUGGACGGCUUCUGGCAAGAGAUAAACCGACGUUUCGAUCUAAGUACCCACAAGCAGCGGCGCAAGGCUCUUGUAGCCACGAAAGGAAUGUCUUUCGAGGAUGCGCAAAACCAUGCAGCGCAGGACGAUGUGGUGGUGAGGUUCUCGCUAGAAACCGAGGACAUCGUCCUCAAAGAAGAGCACGAAGAAGUUGGGCCGCAGGAGGUGCCCGCCCCCGAAGGUGUACCCGAAGCCCCAACAGCCGAAAACCGACAAGAACUGUACACCAUUAUGGUAGAGGAAGCUGUAAGCCUUGAGGCUACAGAAAUAGACCUCAAGUGCCGCCUUUGGAGAUACAAUCUGUCGCUUGUGGAGAGCAAAGAGCAACAUAGCGUCGACCUGCACAACAUGGUCCUCAUUCUUGGAGGCAACGAGGUCCAGGAAGCUGAAGCAUCAGAGGCCGUACAGGCACUUCAGUACUCUCACGACAUGAUAGAAUCGAUCAAUGGGACCACACUCAGCACUCUCAAUCAAGAGCUGAAUGAAGGGAACGACAACACAGAAAUCGGAGGUCCACCUCUGACGAAGCUGAGGACCAUUACUGCCGAGGAAAUUCAAGCCUACCGAGAACAGACGAAGUGGACAGACAACCCAGCGUAUCAACGGCAGAAUCACGAGGAAGCCUGCGACAGGCUGGGUAUCCCAAACCCUGAGAAGCCAAGAAUGGAAGGUUUCAUGAAGCACAUUUUCCUAGAUGCUCACCAACCCACCGGCAUCAACGCUAUGGUCGACUUCGAAGAAGGCUGUGUAAAUGGAGGUCUAUGCGCAGAAGAUUGCGGCCUUGGAAAGACCCUCGAAACACUCGGGCUCUUACUAUUCCGCUCGAACGAACGCCGGAAGAAGCUUGCAGAUGGCGAGGAGGUACCCGAAGCGCGCCCAACGCUAAUCAUUAUGCCGCAAAACCUGAUUGCCCAGUGGCUCGAGGAAAUCUGCAAGUUCACAGAGCGCUUCAGAAUCCUUGUGUACUACGGCCCUUCCAAGAAGUCGGCGAACCCCAACGUCUACUACCUCAAAGGUAAAGGCAAGGCCGCCAGGCUCACCCGUAGCCACGACAUUUUCAACGGUGAGGAGUGCAAUGCGGAUACCAUCAUCCUGACCAGCUACUCUACCUGGGCUGUUCGCCACGGCCCAAAGGUACAAUGGAACUGGCUGGUUGACAAGCGCGCGAAAGAGCGAAGGAUCAGCAAGAAAGAGGCCGCUGCAGAACUGACGUCGGAAGGCGUUUCCUACAAGAGCAUUGAUGUCAAUUGCCCCCAUCAGAUGUAUGGUAUGAUCCACAGGAUUAUACUCGACGAGGGUCACCAAAUUCGCCUUCAAUCGGACGAGAUUGGAUGGGCUAUCAACCAUCUUGGCGCCACGUAUAGACACAUACUAACAGGUACCCCUACGUUCAACGGUCUAAAAGAGUAUUGUGGGUUGAUGGAGUUCCUCCAGAACCCAGCUCUACAAGACGAGAACUACCUCCGCUCCCUCGGCUUCGUCGAUGCUGACUUCGCCAAACCAGCCAGCCCAGUCUUCGCUAUGGGUGGCACUUGCCCGCUCGACUCAAUUCUAAUAAAGUUCAACCCCUACACUGUGGCGGAUGAUGAUCGGCGUGCCCCUCUCAAGUACUGUCAGGAGGCCAUGGUAAAGUACAUCUUCAACCCCAUAGUAUCGCCUACAAUGGCUGAGCAGGGAUCCAAGAUGUCACAAGUCCUAAGGAAGAUUAUGCUCCGCCGCACUCAUUCCUCCGAGAUCAACGGUGUACCCCUGCGAGCCGCUCUUCCCGCUGUGCAGCGUUUGGUGUACGACUGUGAGUUCAAUGCAGCCGAACGAGCAUUUUACGAUGCAGCGGUAGCGAAGACCUCAGAGACGCUCUUCGCAAAGACAGCUUCGAAGAAGAACGUGGAGUGGAACACCACGACUUACAGAAAGCUAUGCCUACUGAGCUCGUGGCUUGGGUUCAAAUACCUCCUUGACGACAGCUACAAAGCCGCAAAGUUGGCCGCUAAGCGCAAGAAAAAGAUGACGGCUCUCACCAUACUCAAAGAUAUGCGCUCAGGCCAAAAGCGCCUGCGUGUGCCCAUUGAUCAGCAAAUUCCGGUCGACAAGCACACACACAUCGAAGCAGACGUCCAGCAGAUUCUUCAUUGGCAUUGCCAGGGAGCGCCUAAACUGAGGAAGCUUUUGGGAAUCCUCGCCGAAAUUGUGGUGCUUAGGCAGGAAAAGGUCUUGAUUUGGGUGAGCAAUCCGGCUCAGGCCGAAUGGCUCCAACAGGUCCUACUGCUCCUUAAAUUCUCCGCGUUCCAACUCCGCACCGAUCUGAGUCAGACCGAGCAAGAUAAAAUCUUGAAUGACUUCAACAACGACCCUCACUUAGUAGCGGUACUCAUCUGCUCCUAUCUGGUGUCUUGCUCGGGUUUGAAUAUGCAGACAAUGUGCCGUACUACUAUCGAAUACGAACCCCCGCCGAACGAAUCAAUCAGGGCUCAGGAGGUUGGGCGUGUGAAGCGCCGGGGUCAACCUAGCCCAUGGAUUCGUCACAUAACUCUCUUGACGAAGGACACGUUCAACAGCAAGCAGGACUCAAGCAUGAUUCUGAAGAAUCUACCCAACCUGCUCACCCAGCUGGACCUUGAGGUUUGGGGUCCGAAAGAUCAAGGGGACGAGGAUGACGAGGCAGGUAGCCACGUCUUAGGCGACUUCGUCCUGUACAACGACGAGCUCCUACCAGCAGACGACAAGGCCGUAGAGGGCAAGAACCUCAAAGUCUUAGGCCCUGACGACCUACUCUACCACAUCUCGAUGCUCGUUACGGGACGCAAGCCAGUGGGUAGCGUUGUCGAGCUGCGCAAGGAAGCACACAAAGAAGGCGGGGCUGCAGGCAAGGCUGGAGGUGGUGAAGUUGAGGAUGUUGACGUAGAUCCGCUGUGGAUCUAG